AUGUCCACGGGCUGCUUCUCGUUCUUCAAGAAGGCCAAGGCCGCCAAUACCCCGAUCAUCCAGGCUCGGGCCCUGGAGAAGCCUGCCGCGCCAGCGCCCACGUACGCCGAGCCCCGCCUGCCGGCCGCUCACGAGCACUUUGACAACUGCUACCAAUGCUCGGGAACCUGGGACAAAUCCCUCGACGUCGAGUUACCAGCCUACACCGCCCGCGCGCCUUUCUCUUCCGAUGCGCGCGAUGCCAUCAAAGCCGCGAUCAACGAUGCCGUGCCGAGUCUCACAAAGCUCUCAAUGUUCAUCAGUGACCAUCCUGAACUAGGCUUCCAUGAGGUACAGGCGCACAAGCACAUCACCGCAUACCUCGAGGAUGCUGGAUUCGAGGUUGAGCGAGGAUACAAGGGGCUCGAGACGGCCUUCCGCGCCUCGUACAAGCACGGCAAGGGUGGGCGGGUGUUUGGCUUUAAUUCAGAGUACGACGCUCUCCCCGGUAUCGGACAUGCUUGCGGGCAUAACCUCAUCGCUGUGUCUGGAGUCGCUGCGGCGAUUGGAACUAGAGCCGGACUGAAGAAGGCCGGCCUAGAUGGCGAAGUUGUUCUUAUUGGCACGCCGGCUGAGGAGGGCGGCGUGGGCAAGGGCGUGCUCCUCGAGCGAGGUGGAUACAAGGACAUUGAGGCGUGUAUGAUGAUCCACCCCGUUGGCGGGUUGGGUGUCAAGCCUGGCCAUGCUGCUGUCACCCCCACACUGGCAGUUAAUACCGUCAACGUCGAGUUCUUUGGCCGGACUGCACAUGCCGGCGGCGCGCCAUGGGACGGUGUCAACGCUCUGGAUGCGGUCAAUAUUGCGUAUUCUAGUAUCUCGGCUCUCCGGCAGCAGAUCCACACGAGCGACCGCAUUCACGGGAUCAUCAUCAAGGGCGGAGAAGCGCCGAACAUCAUCCCAGACCACACGGCUAUGAAGUACUACGUCCGUGCGCGGUCCGCCGCUGGCGUCGCCGACCUCACCAAGCGCGUAGUUGCGUGUUUCGAGGGCGCGGCAAAGGCGACGGGUUGUAGCGUCAAGUACAACUCUGAGCGGAUGAUGACGGAUCUGCGCAACAACCUGAUUAUUGCCGAGGAGUAUGCUGCGGCCAUGGGCGAGGAAUACCACCUCCCGACCUAUAUUGGGAUUGACGAUUGGAGCCUCGCCGGCGGCAGCACCGACUUUGGCAAUGUCACGUACGCUCUUCCCGCCGUGCACCCGCACUACGGCGUCGCGUCUCCGGACGGGGGAAACCACACCGUCGCGUUCCGCAAUGCCUGCCGCACAGAGGAGGCGCACGACUAUACCUGGAAGUUUGCGGCUGGCAUGGCGUGUGUCGCGGCCCGGUUCAUCCAGGACAGCGAGUUCGCCGACGACGUCAAGAGCUGGUACGACGACAACACGCGCGGAAACAAGUAG